CUCGUCAUCAUUUCACCUUUACAGAGCAACACAGACAGACUGUAUGCAGUUGUUGAGGAUGCUGAAAUAGCAAACACUGAGUCCUCUGUAUUUGCUGAACAGCCAACAGGAACACCCUCUCUCUGAAAUGACCUUUGAUUUGUCGAAGUGUCCCGUCACAGGCUAGAUUUUCUAAAGCCUGAAAACAAAGCCAAGAAGAGAAAUGGCCUCCAGCAACAGUCUUUUAUCUGAGGAUCAGUUUCUUUGUCCCAUCUGUCUGGAUGUGUUCACUCGCCCAGUUUCCACUCCAUGUGGACACAACUUCUGCAUGUCCUGUAUCUCAUCUUACUGGGACGAUACACCAGUCAGCCAGUGUCCAGUCUGUAAGGAGACAUUUGAGAGGAGACCAGACCUCAAGGUCAACACUUUCAUCUCAGGGCUUGCAUCGCAGUUCAUGUCGCUUCAAGUGACAGACUCUCACAUCUGGAGCCCGGACCAACAGCAUGCUCGCUGUGGUGGAGCGGUGCUGUGUGAUAUUUGCACUGACACCCAGCAAGAGGCUGUCAAAUCCUGUCUGGAGUGUCUGACUUCUUACUGCGACGUCCAUCUAGAGCCUCAUCACAGAGCUGCUGGCCUGAAGAGACAUACACUGGUUGACCCCUUGGCGAGCCUGCAGGACAGGAUCUGCAAGGAGCACACCAGACUGCUGACAUUGUUCUGCACAGACGAUGGGGCUUUGCUGUGUGACAUCUGUGCCGGUUUGCGCCACAUGAAGCAUGGCGUAGUUUCUGUGCAGCGAGCUUAUAAAGAGAAGAAAGCUUUGCUGGGGGACACUGAGGCCAUAUUGCAGCAGAUGAUCCAGGAGAGGCUGCAGAAGGUCCGAGCCAUGAAGGAGUCAGUAGAACAAAGCAAGACAGAAACCAAAGAUGUGAUCGCAAUCAGCGUGCAGGACUUGACGGCACUGGUCUCUGAGAUCCAGAAGUGCCAGACGGAGCUUGUGAAGGUGAUGGAGGAGAAGCAGAAAGCAGCAGAAGAACAGGCAGAUGGGUUUAUUAGCAGUAUGGAGCGAGAGAUAACCGAGCUGCAGAGGAAAACAAUGAAGCUGAGGGAGCUGAAACAGACUGAAGACCAGCUUUGUUUUCUCCAGAGUUUCCCAAACCAAUCCAUCCUACCACACACAAUGGACUUGUCCACAUCCAGCUUUAACAGACAAGUGGAGAUACUCUACGUACGUAAAUCUCUGAACAAAUCAGUGUCUCAGCUGAGAAUGAAUCUGAAUACAAUGAACACAGAAAUACAAAAACUCUCUGACGGCACAGACGUGUCAAACGAUGCUACGCUGAGAUAUGUGCAGCAGUAUGAAGUGGACGUUGUUCUCGAUCCUGACACUGCUAACCCUAGCCUCAUUUUAUCUAAAGACAGGAAACAGGUGAGAUACAGCAUGGAUCUCAGUGUUCGGAGAAACCAGAACCUGAACCCUAAAAUGUUCACUGUAGCUCUCGCAGUUCUGGGAAAGAAAGGCUUCUCACGUAAGUUUUACUUUGAAGUGUUUGUGGGUGGAAAGACAGAGUGGUGUCUGGGUGUGGCCAAGGCUUCAGGCCAGAGGAGGGGGAAAUUUGUUCGGUGUCCCGGCUCUGGAUUCUGGGUCAUCCGGUUCCAGAAGGACAAGUUUGAAGCCGUCCUUUCACCAAACGUGCUGGUACACUCAGGAAAAGUGGAGCGGGUCGGCGUGUUUGUGGAUUAUGAUGGCGGGCGAAUUUCUUUCUAUGACGUACAGACAGCAACACUCAUUCACUCGUUCACCGAGUGUGUCUUUACUGAGAAACUGCAUCCGUUCUUUAAUCCUUGUGACAAUGAAUAUGGUUCAAACUUGGGGCCGAUGAUAAUUGUUCCUGUCGGUCGCACAGAGUGAACGGAAGUGUCAGAGACUCAGUGAUUUGAGAUAUAAAAAGAGGUAUUUACUAAAAUGCAAUUGAUGUCUGAUGUGUUUGACUGCAAUUAGGAAUGUCUGUUUCAAUUAAUAUUGCUUUUGGUUGCCUGACACCCAUUAACUGGUAGUCUCGCCACCAGACAAUCAGAGAUCUCUGCCUUCUGAUAGUCUGAGGACACUUCUUUCUAAAGUGUGUUUAAUACACCGGAGAAAACGACCGGCA